GCGGUAUCGGCCGUAGCUGGGUCAGCACUCAGGUGCAUCCCAGUGGAAGCUGGGCGCUGGGCGAUCGUCGAGCAACGUUGCCGGUGCGGAUCGAUGUUACCGGAUGAAUGGGCCAACCGGGAGCCUGCGGCGACGAGGGGGGGCUCGAUCCUGAGCUCUGGCAACAUAUCCGCGAGUGUCCUUGUCCAUGCGACCAUAUGGGUUAUGGAAAUUUUUUAGAUUAUCAGCAAAUCCCUCCAUGUCCUCCACGCUACCCCCCGGCCCCACUCUACGCCAGAGACGAGACAUCGUUCGACUCCGUGCUGCCGCAACACUAUCAACCACCACGUUUCGGCAGAACAGAUCGUCGUCAUCAGUAUCAUGACGUCAUAGUACGCGACUACCAUCCGCACCAUCGUGCACCACGUGACCUUUAUUAUCCUUCCUACGAGUACGAUUCGUGUUCGUGUAGUAGCGGAAGUGACACCAACAGAAAUAACCUCCGUGGUCCAUGGUGCAUUUGCUUGGUGGUAUGUGUCGUCAUCGCAACCCUCACUGCCGGUUUAGGACUGCCCUUAGCUUUAGGACCUCACGACGUAGGACUUUUGUCACCAGAAGAACGUUUAGAACUAGUUAGGAAAUUAUUAAAAGACACUCCUCUGAUCGACGGGCACAACGAUUUGCCCUGGAAUCUGCGCAAAUUUUUAGCAAAUCAACUCAACGGUUUGGACUUGAACAAGAUUACUUCGGAAGAACCGUGGACGUCGAGUAGAUGGUCACAUACAGACCUUCCUAGAUUAAUCCAAGGAGGUGUUGGUGCUCAAUUUUGGUCAGCAUACGUACCUUGUAAGUCACAGCACAAGGACGCUGUCCAAAUAACUCUAGAACAAAUCGAUGCAAUCAGACGUUUGGUCCACCACGAACACCAGCAUUUAGAAAUGGCCAAAAACGUACAAGAUAUUCGUAGUGUUCACAAGCAAGGCAAAAUUGCCUCGCUUAUUGGCGUGGAAGGUGGCCACGCUUUAGGUAAUAGUCUAGCAGUACUGCGAAUGUUUUAUAACUUGGGAGCAAGGUACUUAACAAUAACUCAUUCUUGUGAUACCGCUUGGGCUACCGGUCAAGAUACUACGACCAGGCAAGGACUCAGCGAUUUUGGUGAAAUAGUGGUCAAGGAAAUGAACAGAUUAGGAAUGAUUGUCGAUCUCUCCCACUCUUCAGUAUACACCGCUAUGUCAGCGAUCAACGUUUCGACCGCCCCGGUCAUCUUCAGCCACUCAGCCUCCUACACUUUGUGCAAUUCAUCCAGGAACGUUCCAGACGACGUCAUCAAGCUGGUUGCCAACAAGGGAGGCAUUGUAAUGGUAAACUUCUAUGCCUACCAUGUCGCUUGUAGCGUCAAUGCUUCAAUGAUGGACGUUAUACGACACAUAAAUCAUAUAAGGAAAGUGGCUGGAAUCGAACAUGUUGGUAUUGGUGCAGGUUAUGAUGGUAUCAACGUCACGCCAUCGGGUUUGGAUGACGUAUCACGUUACCCCUACCUUUUUGCGGAACUUUUAGCGGAUCCUGAUUGGUCGGAGCAAGACAUUCGAUUAUUAGCAGGCCUGAAUUUCCUCAGGGUUUUCCAAAAAGUCGAAGAAGUCAGAGACCAAUUUGCUAAGCUCGAAAUGCAACCGUUCGAAGAGCUGGGACCCAGAAAGGAAGUCGAGGAGUGUAUUUCGAAGAAUUCUUGACGAAAGCUUUGGAGUUUGAUCUUGAUGCUGGGUCUUAUUGAAGUCGGUUCAAAGUGCCAAUUUUUUCUUUUUUGCUUGAAAAUUACUUCAAAUUAGAUCAGAGGUGUUUUAUAUCUUUUUUGUUAUGUGAUAGAUAUACAUUUUAUAUAGACAGCCUUUACAAAACUUGAUGGCAGAAAAAGUAUACCUAUAGAUUUUUUUUUUAAAUUAGAAUGACAAAUUUAUAUGUACCUAUUCGUAGUGUGUUACGUGUUAUUUUUUACCCUGUACUUUUUCAGAUUCGGAUAAUAAUUAAUCAUUAAAUGAAAUCAAUUGUGUGACGUGACUGAUCUCACACAGUUUUUUGAUACAACAAAAGAUACCUUUUUUGGAUGUAUUUGUACACCGAGUUGAUGUUUUAAACACUUUUUUUUUAGGCUUUUUAUAGGAUGUUAAGAAGAAGGUGUUUUUAUCGGAGAAAUUAUGAUAUAUAGUUUUUUCAGAUAGUAUAAUGAUAGAAAGUAUAAUAAAUGUUAUAAAGAACAAUAUUAGGAAUUUUUAC